CCGCCGCCCACCAAUUGUCUCUGUGUAGGAGUCAGCCACCGGUCGCCGUUUCUGCAACAGUCACUCCUCGUUGCCAUGCCUCAACAUCGGCCAAGUUAGAUGGAUAGAUCUUGGAUUCGUGGCACACUGUUCUCUCGAGAGUACGUCAAUGGUGUCAAAGAGUUUAUGAACUUAAUUCAAGCAAAAUUCAGCGAGGAUGAAGAAAUACUAUGCCCAUGUAGAGAAUGCCUUAAUCGCAAAUACUGGCAUCAAGCUGUUGUGAACAAGCACAUAUUGACGCAUGGCAUGGAAAGUACAUAUACUCGCUGGAUAUAUCAUGGAGAAGACUUCAAUGCAGAUGUUAUUGAGCAUCCUGUUGAUGUGCAUGACUCCGAGGAUGGUAACAAUGGUGCUGACCGAUUUGAAGAGAUGUUUGGCGACCUAUGCACAGCAAUAGAACAAGAUCAGAAGGAAACUAAAAAUGAAGACGGUAACAAUGAUGCAAAUCCUUCUAAGACUGAGUCCUUUCUGAAGAACGUGAGGAAAGAGUCAAAGCAGCACCUUUAUCAUGGUUGUACCAAGUUUUCAAGGUUCUCAUUUGUGGUGAAUCUUCUUCAUUUGAAGUCAUGCCAUAGGAUCACAAAUAGUGCAUUUACUGACAUUUUGAAGCUACUGGCUGAAGCAUUCCCUCAACUCAAUACACUCCCAAAAUCUUAUGACGAAGCAAAGAAUCUUCUAAAGGAAUUAGGCCUUGGGUAUGAGUCUAUACAUGUGUGCAUCAAUAAUUGUGUUUUGUUCAGAAAGCAAUAUGCCAUGCAUGACAACUGCCCAGUUUGUGGCAUGUCAAGGUGGAAAGACCCUGCUAGGAAGAAGAUACCACAAAAAGUUCUGAGGCAUUUUCCAUUGGUGCCUAGGCUGAAGAGGAUGUUUCUUUCCAAAAAAGCAUCAGAGGAAGCACAGUGGCACAAGCUAAAGAGGCAACCCAGUGAGAAGGGAAUGAGCCAUCCAGCUAACGGUGAUGCGUGGCAAGAUUUUGAUGAAAAAUAUCCAAAAUUUGCAGAAGAUGCCAGAAACAUGAGGCUUGGCAUUGCCACUGACGGGUUCAAUCCUUUCGGAAACUUUAACACAACCUAUAGUCCUAAAUCACCUGGCAAGCACUUUGAUGUCUUCCUACAACCACUUGUAGAAGAUUUACUUGAGCUUUGGAAGGGUGUGCGUACAUAUGAUGCUCGUGAAGGAAAAAUGUUUGAUCUUCAUGCUGCAGUUCUAUGGGAAUUGUGCAGCAAAACUCUUAACAGGGAUGUGUUGGCUGAAAUGAAGAAAGAAAUCCCUGUAAUUUUGUGCAAGCUUGAGAAAAUUUUCCCUCCUGCUUUCUUUGAUGUGAUGGUGCAUCUUACCGUACAUUUACCCGAAGAGGCAUUACUCCGAGGUCCCAUACAAUAUGGGUCGAUGUACCCAGUUGAAAGGAGGUUGUAUACUUUAAAGAGAAUGUUUAGAGAUGAGUUAAAAAGAAAACGGGUUCCAAACAUUGAUAAAGAUCUUCAGAAAGAAUUCCAGACAUGGUUCAAGAACUAUAUCAUGAGGUUGCGGGAUGAACACAGCGAAGAAAUAGAUGAAGAUCUCUUUUCCUUGGCAUGUGAACCUGAUUGA